AUGUCAGAAUACCCUCCCACGAAUAUAAGCCUUACAUGUACCAGCGAGGAUGCAGACGACCGACUGGCGACGUUUAUGAACCACGACUCGGCCUUUUUCAUCUUUCGCCGCUUUAACGCCCUGAAUUUGCGCCAUUUGCUCCAUUCGCAGGCGCAUUUGUUGUCUUUGGAGGACAAACUCGAAGAGCUCAAGGCACAAGGGCAUGAUGCAGACACUUCAAGUCACCGCGAAAGGUUGAUGCGAGAGGUUGGCUACUACCUCAAUACCUACAAUAGGGCACUGGUCGAGCAAUCACGCCUCAGAACCCUCGGGGAACCGGAGUCGGUCAAUGUUACAGGUCUCACUUCACAGGCUAAAGACCACAAUGCUCUCGAUGUUACCGAAUAUCUGGAAGUCGAAAAUGAUCUGAUUACCCUAGGGAUUGGCAAGGAAGCCAAGGGCUGGGCCUAUCGCAAAGUUGAGAAAAUAUUGUGGAAACGAUUUGCAAAACCCAGUUCCUCAGGAGUAGACCCAGAAGCGGGCUCACUCUAUGUAUAUGAUGAUGGGAACAUACAGCGCUCGGUCCGCGCCAUCCUUACUUCCAUCUCGACAAUAACCCUUCUCGUUCCCGUCAUAAUCAUGUUUUUCAUCGGGAACGGGUUUCCGUCGUUGGUAGUUGUUGUCAUAUGCACAGCCCUAUUCUCAAUGUUCCUAGCAUUCACCACCAAAGCCCAAAAUCACGAGGUGAUGAUGGCUGCUGCUGCGUAA